AUCAUGUCUUGGCAAUCCUACGUGGACGACCAACUCAUCGCCACCGGCAUGAUCAAAAAGGCCGUCAUUUGCGGUCACGACGGAAACAUUUGGGCCCAAACCCCGGGAUUCAAUGUAACCCAGGCCGAAUUGAGUACCCUGAUUUCCAAGUACACCAACACGGAAGAGCUUGCUCUGUCCGGAGUCACGAUCGCCGGUGUCCGAUACAUGUUCUUGUCAAACACGGAUAAAGUUAUUCGGGCCAAGAAGGGUACCUCCGGGAUCCACACCAUCAAAACCACGCAAGCUUUGAUUUUGUGUGUCUACGAAGACCCCAUUGUGCCAGAGCAAGCAGCUACCGUCACCGAAAAGUUGGGAGAGUACCUCAUCUCAAUGGGAUACUAAGACAAGGAACCCUUCGAAGAGAACAACAAUCCGCAUCUCUCUACCAACAACAAAAUUAACAUCAACCACCACAAGGACAACAACUGAAUCAUUAACUUCUCUACCUGCUAAUAAUGAAGUAAUUGGAGCUGUUUCUUUUUUACGGAAAUGAACAUCGAAAUUCUACCCCAACGUCAAGUCCGACCACCAAUCAACCAAGUUGGGUCUUGUUCGGCCAAAACCCAACAACAUCCAUCCAUUUACUAUCUUCACUACUGCAACUACUUCUUAAACGGCAAGCGCCAUCAAUUUCUUGAACAACCAGAAGAUGGCCCCAAAAGGAAAAGCAACAAAUCGAAUCGUUCGGGUUGAGAUUAUUCCUAUCUAUGUAAAGCAAUCGGCAGCAGAAAAGAAAUUGGAUUGACAGCUCGAUUUCAUUUUUGUACGAGAACCAUAAUGUAAGCCUAAUAUAAUUUUCGCUACAACCGUUUUUAAAGAAAAAACUCUACCAAG